AUGUCAUUACACAUGUAUCUGCCCUCGCACUCAAAACUCGACGAGCGGGUUGCUGAGCUGAAACUUGGCGACCACGCGACGCUGAGUACUGCGUAUUUCACCGUCCUUCGAUACAAAGAAAAUGAAACCCACAGAGCUGUAAUUGACGAAAUUCUUCAGUCUAGGUUGAGCGAUAUCAGCAAUGCAGUAGGAAAGGGCUUGAGUCGUCCGUCUAUGCAACCAGAGAUCAUGCGCAAUAUAGCUGGUUCCAUCACCACCAAGCCAGGGGAAAUUUUCGCUAUUGUACCCGUUGUUCCAACGCCUGAGGGGUCUCAGGCGGCCACCAUCUGUCUUUGGAAGAAUAAGGCGGAGAAGGUAGCAAAACCGCUAGAGAGAGGAAUACACCUUGUGCUUGAGGAGGUUUCCUUCUCGGUGUCAGAUUCCGUUGAUUUUUAUGUCUUGCCAUUUCAGUACAAUCACUAG